CAAAACUGAGAUUUCUGUUGCAAUUAGUUCUAGAUUCAGUAUAAUUUGUCACAAUUGGACUAAUUGCGCUAUAUACAUCCAUCUAUUAUAAUCAUUGUAUCAUUAUUAUUAUUUGCAUUUUCAGGUGUGUACUUGACAGCUCAGAAGAACUUCAGGGCCUAUAGCGCUGUUCUGCUUGUCAUCUCAUAAAAGCCUACAGGGACAAGGUCACUGCUGAAGUUUUCCAGUAGUAGUGUUACGAUAUUGUCACCGGGGUUGUAUAUAGGGUUGUAAAUUUUUCUUACCAUGCACGUGCAACUCUGUCGUACACACACUCACGUGAUCACAGCAACAAACGAACAAACAAACAUGGAGGAUGUAUAAUCUUUCGCUGCAUGCUUUCGAACAAGACCAUCGGCUAAAACGUACAGUAGGGCCUGUCCAGGCCGCUCUACCUAGGCAUAUACUAUAGAAUUCUAUACAUAUAUACUAUACUAUAGAAUUCUAUAAUUCAUCAUAGGCUAGUCAAACAGCAGGCGUAGGCCUAAUUAGACCAGGCAGAUUUGCUGGUAAUCACCCGACGGCGUCCCACUCCAUCCUGAACUAAGAAGAAGGCUGAGUGUGGUGGUAGGCCUAGGGCCUAGAGAGAGAGAGUCUCCGCCGUACAUACAUCAAUAUUAUUAGUUUUCGUCUAAGUUUUGGACUUAAUCAAGAUGACUUCAUCUGGAAAAGUGUUAGCAAGUGCAGCACGUUCUGCAUCUUACAACAUGGUACUUCAGGUCAUGUUUCGUAUGAUCACGUUUCUCCUCAAUGCCUUUAUCCUGCGAUACAUAUCAAAGGAGAUGAUCGGUGUAGUUAAUGUCAGGUUAACUCUGCUGUAUUCGACAGUUCUUUUUGUAGCGAGAGAAGCAUUCCGUAGAGCGUGUCUAAGCGUCGAUAGCAAAGGUCAAUGGACUCAGACAAUCAACCUUAUCUGGUGCACAAUUCCACUUGGAUUUUUCUGUUCAACUGUUCUCGGCUUUAUCUGGAUGUUCGUCCUUGAGCGCCCUGAUGAUGCAUUGUUGCCACAUUAUGAUACCGGUGUGCUUGUGUUUGGACUCUCUGCAUUCUUGGAACUAUUAGUGGAGCCCUUAUGGGUCCUUGGACAAGCAAUGUUGUUUGUUAGAUUAAAGGUGAUCAUUGAGGGCGCUGCAAUUGCUGGCAGGUGCAUCAUGACUGUAAUCCUAGUGCACAAAUUUCCUGAUUUAGGCAUCAUUGUAUUUUGUAUUGCUCAGCUUGUCUUUACUUUCAUCUACGUCAGUUUUUACUACAUAUUUUUCAUACGUUACAUCAUCCUAAGAAAAGAUGAAGACUUCCCACUUAAAAGCAUAAGAGAUAUUUUCCCCCGCUCAAUUCCUGGACAGUAUUGGGCGGAUAUAUAUUCGAGCAGACUAGUGUGGAGUUUUUUCAAGCAAGGCUUUCUUAAGCAGAUUCUCACAGAAGGUGAACGGUAUGUGAUGACAAUAUUUGAUGUAUUAAACUUUGGCGAUCAAGGAAUAUAUGACAUCAUCAAUAACUUAGGAUCGUUAGCGGCACGAUUUAUAUUCUUACCAAUCGAAGAAAGUGGCUAUCUUUUCUUUGCCCAAACCAUUAGGAGGGGAGAGGUAGCAAAGAAACAACCAGAGGAAUCCAUUGAUCUGGCAUCAAAAGCAUUAGAAGCAUUGCUGAAGUGUGUUGUUUUGAUUGGGAUAACAAUCCUGGUGUUUGGAUAUGCCUACUCGUUCCUACUCCUAGACUUGUAUGCCGGCACCUUGCUAAGUUCAGGAACAGGUCCACUCUUGCUACGAUGUUAUUGUAUGUAUGUUCUACUGAUAGCAAUUAAUGGAACGACAGAAUGCUUUGUGUUUGCGGCAAUGGGCAAACAAGAAGUUGACAGUUACAAUCGUAAGAUGUUGGUUUUCUCCAUUGCUUUCUUGACGUCAUCAUAUUUUCUUACUAAAAGCAUCGGCAGUGUGGGCUUCAUCCUUGCAAAUUGCCUCAAUAUGCUAGCUCGCAUUAUUCACAGUUUAUAUUUUAUCAAUAAUUUCUACAAAGGAAGCUCGUACAGUCCUUUAAGUGGACUUGUACCAAAAUUACCUGUGCUACUAGUUUACCUAUUUGCAGGUGUAACUACCAUUUUCUCUGAGGUGACAUUUUGCUGUGAUCGUGGAAUUUACUUCCGUCUCAUCCACAUCUUUAUAGGGGGUCUGUGCCUCCUAGCCGUCUUAGUAACUAUUUUCCUGACAGAAAAGAAAUUAAUUUCUUUCAUAUUGGACCAAUGGAAUGAGAAAAGGAAGGAUAAACAAGAUAAGAAAGAUUUAUAAAAACAAUUAUUUUUAAAAAUUUAGUACAAAGUAUUAUUCCUCUAUAUUUGAAUUUAAAAGAUAUUAAAUUUUAUAUAUUUCAAAAUUAUCUGAUCUUUUAUCUGAUCCACUGAAUAAUCAAAAGUAUGCAAAAUAAAUACAAUUACAUUGCGAGUA